AUGUCUUAUAAUAACACUAGGGUUAAAGUCCCUACCACUGAUUUAGAUGUCGGAGGGGACCGGAAUGAUGACUCUCUCACCCUAAAACUCCCUAGGAGAGGGGUGACAGAUGAUAUGCCGGCUCCUUCACCCGGCACAAAAAACAACAUAAAACACCAAAAAAAGGAUGGGGAUGCAUUGGUUUCUUGUAGUGAGGUAGCUCUAGUAGGGACAUUUAAUGUUCGAACUGCUAGAGAAGGUUACAAGCGCCUUGAACUCGUGACUCAGUUUCUGGAGAGUGGCAUGGAGAUCCUUGGGAUCCAAGAACAUAGGAUUGUCCACCAGGAGCCGAUCAAGAUUGAAAAGUUCAAGGAGGGGGUUAGCUUGGUAACUGUCUCAGCAUGGAGGAAUGGAGCAGGAGCAGCCACUGGUGGAGUGGGCUUUCUGCUGACUAGAAGAGCAUACAGCGCAAUUAGCCUCAUUAAACCCUAUGGCUCAAGGGUGCUGACUAUCUCUUUCAACGGGAAUCCCAGACUCACAACUAUAACUGCUUAUAGUCCGACCGAGGCAGCACUAGUUGAAGAAGCGGAGGAUUUUCAUAACACCCUUAGACAGGCUAUGAACGAUGUGCCAGCGCACCACCUGCUGAUCACAGAGGGAGAUAUGAACGCCCGGCUUGGAAAGGUGAGUGAAGAAGAUUCCCGUUGGUACUUUCAUACUCGUACCAAUCGGAAUGGAGAGCUACUGAGAGACACUGCCCUGGAGUGCGAUAUGGAAAUUACCAAUAUCCGCUUCAGAAAGAAGGUCAACAAGAGGUGGACCUUCUUAUCCGAUGGGACACUUAACAAAGGUCAGAUUGACUAUAUCUUCAUACGGCGGAAGUGGAAAAACUCUUUAAAGAACACUGAAGUUUACAACACUUUUCAGUCGUUGGGAUCUGAUCACAGAGUUGUAGUGUGUAAGAUCAAAGUUAGCUUUAGGAAAGGACACAGGCCUCCGAAAAAAGUUAACUAUGAAUAUAGUGCCCUGAAGUCGGAUGGUGAGCUUCAAAAAAAGUAUGCAAUUGAAGUUCGGAAUAGAUUCUCUGGCCUGGUAGAGGAGGAUGAUGGGGCCACUGAAAGCUACGGGAAGCUUAUGGUUGCUAUUGAGGCGGCAAACAAGAGCCUUCUGCCAAAGAAGACCCGACAAAAGCAGAUUGACCCCUCAAGUGACCCAAGAGUGGACAGUGCAAGGAGGGGACUUUUCUUGGCCAAGGACCAAUACCAUCAGGAGCCUUGCGAGGAGAAGAGAGAGGAAGUCGCCACUAAGAAGGAUUUGUUAAAGGCCUGCUACAAAGAGGUAGAGGAGGAGAUCCUGAAAGGAAAGAUCAGGAAAGUUGAGGAUACUGCUGAUCGUUGUAAGAACAAGGAAAGCUGGAAGCUUGUCAACGAUAUUUCAGGGAGGACAAAUCCCAGCUGUGGACUCGUUGAAGGGGGCAGCUCAACAGAACGUCUCGAGAACUGGAGGAAGCACUUCUCUGGAUUACUUGGACAGCCACCCACAGUCCCUGACAAUAGUAUUCCGAUCAGGAAUAUACACCCUCCACUGAAUAUAGAGGAUGGCCCGUUCACCAUUGAGGAACUACGUCUUGCCAAAAAGCAGAUAGUAGAAGGUAAAGCUUAUGGUGAUGAUGGUAUCUCACCUGAAGUGAUGAAGAGGGUGGACAUUGAUGACGUCAUCCUGAAGUUCUGCAACGAUGCACUAUGUGAUGGUCUCAUGCCCGAUCAAUGGAAGCUCAGUAAUAUUGUUCCUGUGCCAAAGAAAGGGGACCUCACUAAGACCGACAACUACAGAGGAAUAUCUCUGACAUCGAUAGUCAGUAAAACUCUGAACAAAAUGUUGCUGAACAGGAUGAAGCCGAGUCUUAGAUUUUAA